AUGGUUCGUCGAAUUCUGGGAGUGACCAAUCUGCCAUCUCCGAGUAAGUUUCCUGAGCCGCGCGGUACACCUUCUUCCUCCUCUCCGAUGACUUCUUCCGCAUUGUUCUUCUUCGCCGGCGUUCUGAAGUUCAUGAAAUUGAAUGAGGUGACCACCAAGUUCACCAAGAAAGACAAUUCACUGCAGCCUCAAGGAGUGGCAUUUGAGGUUUUGAGUGGGACUCUCAGAAAGAUUAGCUACUUCAAUUUUCAGGCGUUGAACAAGGCAACCAAGAACUUUCAUGCCGAUAACCUCUUAGGGAGAGGGGGAUUUGGCCCAGUUUAUUGGAGGAUGUCGCCGGAGACGUUCUCGCCGGGGAUCAGACUCACGGUCCCGUUCGCCAUCGCCGGGGCCAACGACGCCGGGGAAGAUUUGGAGCAGGCUCCGAGUGUGACCAGAGUGGAUGAUUAUUGGGUUGCGCAGAAGCAGCGGGUAUCUCGAAUCUCAGAGGCGGCGGAAAGGAGGAUCCCGGCGAAGAUCGUGGUGGAGAAGGGGGGUGUAGCUGCUGAGAGUUUCUCCGUUCCCUCCUCUCUGUUCUUGGUUGUUGAAGACCUCCCCAAAUCACCUUCUCCGCGUCCUCCUUUGACAUCGCCUCCCCUGUCGUCGACGCGAAAUGACCUCUUAGUCGGCGAAUUGGCUGCGGUGGCGGCAGUGGUUGCCAUUCUGAAUCGUGAAUUGUUUGAUUUCUGGUGGUGGGUUUUGGGGCGACGGAAGUGGGAAUUAAUUAUAAUGGAGACGCUGGAGGAUGCGUGGCGGGAAGUGGUGGCGAGGUCGCCGCAGCUGCAGCCGGUGGACGUGAGGGCGGAGGAGUUCAUCCAUAAUUUCAGGGCGGAUAUGAAGAUCCAGAAGGCCAGGUUGGUUCUUGAGAAACAGAGCCUCUUGCCCAGGCGUUGCUGA